AUGAGCAACGAAACGAAAUUGAAUGUAUUAAUGGUGGGCACGGGUGAAUACACCACCGGCUUUGUGCACAAUGCUGCAUCCACGUCAGACAAAAAGGUGGGGGUUAUUGCGUUGACUAUGUUUGAUUUACGACGACGAGGCAAAGUCGACAAGGUGAGCAUUGUUGGCACCAACGGGAAAAAGUUUGGCAUGAUCCGGGAGCACCUUGAUAAGAACAUUGGCCAAGUCUACAAUAUGGAUACCAGUCUUCAACACACGUGUCCUGCUGAUGAUACAAUCGACCCUGAUGCAUACAAAACUGCCAUUGACCAGUACAUGUCGCCUGGUGAUGCCAUUACAGUGUUCACCCCUGAUCCAACCCAUUACAGCAUUGCACUCUAUGCCAUUGAACGAGGACUUCAUGUCUUGCUGACCAAACCAGCCGUCAAGAUCCUUGAUCACCAUCAGCACCUUAUUGCCGAAGCCGAGAAACGUGGUGUUGUUGUCAUGGUGGAGCACCAUAAGCGAUUCGAUCCUGUGUAUGGCGAUGCACGUGCCAAGAUACAAAACCUAGGCGAAUUCAAUUACUACUAUGCCUACAUGAGCCAAAGAAAGCAGCAACUUGACACAUUCCGUAAUUGGGCCGGAAAAGAAUCCGAUAUCAGUUAUUAUCUCAACUCGCAUCACAUUGAUUUCCAUUGCUGGGCAUUGGAGGGACGAGCUGUGCCUUAUCGUGUGAUGGCAUCGGGGUCCAAGGGUGUUGCUACAAGUGAACCUUUCAAUUUGACCGAAGCCACUGAGGAUACCAUUUCACUCCUUGUCAACUGGAAGUCGACAUGCAAUCCAGGCCAUGAAGGUGUCGCAGUGUAUACUUCAUCAUGGGUGGCACCGAACAAGAGCGAAGUCCAUUCACAACAACGUUUCCAUUAUCUCGGUGCAUCAGGUGAAAUUAAUGUGGAUCAAGCCCAUCGUGGUUACACCUUCACCAACGACGAUAAUGGCUAUGCCAGUGUCAACCCUUUCUUUAUGAAUUAUGCACCCGAUGAAGAAGGUCAUUUUGGAGGUCAAACAGGUUAUGGCUAUGUAUCCAUUGAAAAGUUUGUGGAUGCCUGCCGGGCAGUCAACAACAAACGCCUCACCCCUCAACAAUUGGAUCAACGUCAUAUGCCCACCAUUCGCAACACUGUACUCGUCACUGCCAUUUUGGAAGCUGGCCGUAUCAGCUUGGAUGAAAAACGCCCAGUCACCAUUGAACCUACUACCAACAACAAUGGCUGGAAACUCGUGUAA